AUGCGAUAUGUCGAACUCGCAAAGCAGUUGCACCCACGCCUGCAGCGCUUCUUCGCCAAGUACCCCCCAAACCAGAUCCUCCCUACCUCGACGAGAACGAACACAAUCAAGGAUGGUGCGACACCGAAUCCUUUCUUACCACACAAACACCCCAUCACCGGAAAGUGGCACGAUCCAGAGUUCUCUCUAAGGCGGCAGGCCGAGCUGUCGAAGCUUGCGAGAGAGCAAGGGGUAGAGGAGUUACUGCCCUUCACAUCAAAGGGCACCGAGACGAGAAUACGAACCAGAGUCGAGUACGGUUUGCAAGUUCGUGGUACUGGUGUUGGCCGAUCUGUCAAGGGUCACUUGCAUGAGAGAAUGUUGGGUGUCAAGAUGGAAAAGAGGAGAACGGCUAUGCUGGGUAUGCCGAGACUCGUCAGGGAAUGGCGGAAGAUUGGAAAGGGCAGAUGGAACAAGUACCCACGAUGA